UACCUCAUUGCACUCGUAAGCAACCGGAGGGCAGACUCGUCAUUGCGGCGGCAGUUCGUCCUCUGCCUCCUCCCAUCCCCCACCCCCCCAUUGACGGAACCUUAUCUGCUCUGGAGUCUCCCUCGCCCGCUGCAGCUCCAAUCCGUGCUCUGCCAAGUCAAAGAAUCCAAAAAAUCCCAGCUUUCCUAUGGCCGCCGGCGAUUUCCCACCUGCCGAGGAGGCAACGGCAGCGGCGGCCGCGAAGGAGGAGGAGGACCUGAUCGAGAUCGUGGAGGAAGGGUCCGGCCGGCUGGACAUCGCCCGGUACGUGGACCACGUCCGGGACCUGUCGGCCGGCGCCAUCGCCACGUUCGAGGGCACGACGCGGGACCACUUCGCGGGGCGGCGCGUGGUGGAGCUCCGGUACGAGGCGUACGCGGCGAUGGCGCGGCGCCGCCUGGCGGGCAUCCUGCGGGAGGCCCGGUCCCGGCACGCGCUUCGGCGGCUCGCCGUGGCGCACCGCCUGGGCCCUGUGCCCGCGGGGGAGGCGAGCGUGUUCGUGGCGGCCUCGGCCACGCACCGCGCCGACGCCAUGGAGGCUUGCCGGUACGUGAUAGACGAGCUCAAGGCGUCCGUGCCCAUCUGGAAGAAGGAGGUGUACGACGACGGCGAGGUGUGGAAGGAGAACCGCGAGUUCUUGGACCGCCACUCCGGCGCCGCGGCUCCGGCUCCGGCUCCGGCGGCGAAGGCGGGCGGUUGCUGCGGCAGCAAGGUCAGGGUCCAGGAGGCCUGACUGAUGGCAGACGCCGGGAGUGGAUCUGCGAGAUUCUCUGCUGUACUCGAUCGAUCUCCAUGGACUUUUCGUUUCAAUUUUUGCUCAGAGAUACUACUGUAUACCGAAAGGCAGAUGCGUUUAAAGAACACGAGGCACAGGAAACUCCUGCUUGUAUUGUGAUGAUGGAAACCCCAUGAGGGAAAAUAAUGGAAACAGUAAGGAUUUGGUAUAAAUGGAUACUACUGAAGAUUUGUUUGUGAGAAGACAACCAAA